AUGUUGUCUUUGGUGUUUGUCAUCUUGAUCCUGGAGGAUUUUUUGCUUUUAAGUGUGACAGAUCAUAGGUGCUUUUGGAGAAUAAAACAAAGUGACAACGGGGAUGAAGAUGUGGAGGACGAUUGUUUUUUUUACAUUUACACAAAACAGGGUCCACUGGUGAAUGAUCAUUUCAGUGGAAAUCUACAUGCUCAAUUGACAGCCAAGAAUAUCCACUUGAUUUUGUCUCUAUUUUUUGCCAUCAAACAAAUAAACAGGAACAUUCAUGUUUUACCCAAUAUUUCUCUGAUGGUUAAAGUCAGCUGUGCCAAAAAGAAAGAUCUGCAAACAAUCCGUGUAUUCUCAAAUAAAGAUGCAAUUAUUCCUAAUUACAACUGUAAACAUGAAAGAAGAUUGUUCAGUGUACUUACCGGACCAAGGUGGUUAUCAUCCAUCACACUUGGGCCCCUCCUAUACAUUUUCACAAUACCACAGCUUUAUUAUGGGCCAUUUCAUCCUCUCCUGAGUGACCGUGAACGUUUUCCUUACCUGUACCAGGUAUCUCCAAAGCACACAUUUCUGUCCUUGGCCAUGAUGGCUUUGAUGAUUCAUUUUGGCUGGAACUGGGUGGGACUAGUAAUUCCAGAUGAUGACCCAGGCAUUCAAUUUCUCUCUGAAUUGAGAGAAGAGAUGCACAAACACAGAGUCUGUUUGGCCUUUGUGAAUGUGAUCACAGAAAAUAGAGACCAGAAAAGAACUGAAACAUACUAUAACCAGAUCAUGACAUCAUCAGCAAAAGUAAUUAUCAUCUAUGGGGACACAGACUCUGCUCUAACUCUACACUUUAGACUAUGGCAAUAUUUAGGCACUCAGAGACUCUGGAUCACCACCUCAUGGUGGGAUAUGACCACAAGUAAAGGGGAGAUCCCCAAAAACUCCUUCCAUGGGACUCUCAUUUUAUCACAUCACCAUUCUGAGAUUUCUGGUUUUAAAAAAUUCAUUCAGACUGUGCAACCUUCCAACUACAGUAGAAAUAUUUCCCUUUGUAGGUUGUGGUGGAUGUAUUUUAACUGUUCAUUGCCAUCUCAUUGUAACACAUUGAAAAACUGUUCAACCAACAUCCUACUAGAAUGGUUAUCCAGGAACCAAUUUGAAGUGUCCAUGAGAGAGACAAGUUACAACCUAUACAAUGCUGUCUAUGCUGUGGCCUAUGCACUUCAUGAAAUGCUUGUUGAACAAAUAGUUACAUCACCAGAGAAUACUGGGAAAAGACUGGAAUUUUACCCCUGGCAGAUGGCCCCUUUCCUGGAGAACAACCAAUUUAUAAGUCCUGGAGAACAAAUCAACAUGAAUCACAAAGGAAAACUGGAUACAGAAUACGACAUUCUCUACAUUAUGAAUUUUCUACCAGGUCUUGGACUUAAGGUGAAAAUAGGAAAGUUUUCAAAACAUUUUCUACAUGGUCAGCAAUUGUUUAUGGCUGAAGACAUGAUAGAGUGGACCAUGGACAUUAGACAGACAACACCUUCAGUUUGCAGUAUGCCUUGCAGAGUAGGAUUCAGAAAAUCCCUUCAGAAAGGAAAGGCUGUCUGCUGCUUUGAUUGUACACCAUGUCCAGAGAAUGAAAUUUCCAAUAUGACAGACACAGAUCAAUGUGUGAAGUGUCCACAUGAUCAGUAUGCCAACACAGAACAAACUCACUGCCUCAAAAAAGUCGUGACCUUCUUGGCUUAUGAAGACCCCUUGGGAAUGGCUCUGGCGUGUUUGGCUCUUUGCUUCUCUGCUCUCACAGCUGUUAUACUUGGUGUCUUUUUGAAGCAUCAAGAUACUCCCAUUGUCAAGGCCAAUAACCGAGUUCUCAGCUAUGUCCUGCUCAUCUCCCUCAUAUUUUGUUUUCUCUGUCCCUUGCUCUAUAUUGGCCAUCCUCAUAUGGCCACCUGCAUUCUGCAGCAGACCACAUUUGCAAUUGUGUUCACUGUAGCUGUUUCUACUAUUCUGGCUAAAACAAUUACUGUAGUAAUGGCCUUCAAGAUCACAGAUCCAAGGAAAAAGAUGAGAUGGCUGUUACUAUCAGGAACACCUAACUAUAUCAUUCCCAUCUGCACCAUGAUCCAAGUGAUUCUCUGUGGAAUCUGGCUGGGAACAUUUCCUCCAUUUGUUGACAUGGAUCCACACUUUGAAUAUGGUCACAUCAUCAUUAUCUGCAACAAGGGUUCAGUUAUUGCCUUCUACUGUGUCCUGGGAUACUUGGGUUUACUAGCCCUGGGGACUUUCACUGUAGCUUUCCUGGCCAGGAAUCUGCCUGACACAUUCAAUGAAGCCAAGUUCCUGACAUUCAGCAUGCUGGUGUUCUGUAGUGUGUGGGUCACUUUUCUCCCUGUCUACCACAGCACUAAGGGGAAAGCAAUGGUGGUUGUGGAGAUCUUUUCUAUCUUGGCCUCCAGUGCAGGGCUGCUUGUUUGUAUCUUUGCCCCAAAGUGCUUCUCAAUUUUAUUAAGACCAGAAAAAAAAAUUGUACCAAAGUUUCAGGGGCAUGUGUUCUAA